ACACCACGUUCCCAUUCUGCGUUAUUUCCCACAGCUUUCUGCUCCGCCAUCCAGUUUCUCUCCCAGCAUUUCACGCUGUCCACUGCCAGCCACUCGCCUGCUUCUGUAGAAACCAUCGCUCCCCGCCAAUCUCGCUGCCGAGGACCAAGUUGAGUCGAGCCCGAAGCAGCCUGCCUGCCACUGUCCCGUUCAACCCUGCGCACUGCAUCUCGGCGCCGCCAUGGCGUUCGACCAGCCGUGGGUGCCGGAGGGCGCGUGGACCACGCCCGCCUUCGCCUGCUGCGACGACGUCCCUUCCAUGUGCUGCGCGGCGUGUUGUCCAUGCGUCAUGGUGGGGCGCAACGCCGAGAUCGUCACGGACGGCUUCACAGACCCCUACCGGGCGUGCGUCGGCUGGGCCCUCCUGCAGCUCGCCUGCAGCGGCGCCUUCUUUGGGCGAGAUUUCCGCAAGCGCCUGCGCGAGAAGUACAUGCUGCCGCAGCGGCCGCUGAGCGAUAUGUGGAUGCACUGCGUGUGCGCGUGCUGCGCCAUCGCGCAGGAGCACCGCGAACUGCGCAACCGCGGAUGGGACCCCGCCAUAGGCUAUGCGGGCAACGUGCGCAAGUUCCAGGCGUGUUCACCGCCCCCCCAGAUGCAGAUGCUCGCCGACGAGUAGCGAGGCCGUCAACUGCUUGUGUACUCUAUUCGUUCUUCUCUUUUCUCCUCUGCGAUUCUUGGUCGGCUGUUUUUACUAGCUCCUCCUCUUAGCAUGCUUU